AUUGGUGGAGAGCACAGAGGAAGCUUGUGCUUGACAACCAGCGAGCGCCAGGGACAACGAGAGCCUCUUUCCUCGAAACACUUGGGGGAAAUCACUAGACAGUGCGUGUCGACACACCCUCGGUGGACCCACAGAGGAUUUCUUCACUUCGUUUAUAUGUAGAGAUUAUCAGCUUGCCACCAUGACGGCUGAGGAGAUCAUAAAUGUAAAGGAAGUGGAGAUCAUCAAGGUGAUGCUGGACUUCCUGAACUCACGCAAGCUGCACAUUAGCAUGCUGGCCCUGGAGAAGGAGAGCGGGGUCAUCAACGGCCUGUACUCAGACGACAUGCUCUUCCUCAGGCAGCUCAUUCUGGAUGGACAGUGGGAUGAGGUGUUACAGUUUAUUCAGCCUCUUGAGGGUCUGGAUAAAUUUGACAGAAAAAGGUUCCGCUACAUUGUUUCAAAACAGAAGUUUCUGGAAGCUUUGUGUGUGAACAACGCCAUGUCUGCCGAAGAUGAGCCACAACAUUUGGAGUUGACCAUGCAGGAGGCUGUGAAAUGUUUGCAUGCUCUGGAAGAAUUUUGUCCAUCUAAAGACGACUACAGCAAGCUUUGCCUUCUCCUGACGCUGCCCCGCCUCACCAACCAUGCCGAGUUCAAGGACUGGAACCCGAGUACAGCACGCGUGCAGUGUUUUGAGGAGGCCUGUGGCAUGGUGGCGGAGUUUAUUCCCGCUGACCGGAAGCUGGGUGAGGCUGGGUUCCGCGCUAGCUCCAACCGUCUAUUCCAGCUUCUCAUUAAAGGCCUUCUGUACGAAUGCUGUGUCGAGUUUUGCCAGAGCAAAGCUACCGGAGAGGAGAUCACAGAGAGUGAGAUUCUUCUGGGAAUAGACAUGCUGUGCGGGAACGGCUGCGAUGAUCUUGACCUGAGCUUGCUUUCUUGGCUCCAGAACCUGUCGCCCAGUGCCUUUUCUUGCGCCUUUGAGCAGAAGAUGCUCGAUAUCCAUGUGGAUCGACUUGUUAAACCCGCCAAGGCCACUUACGCAGACCUUCUCACUCCACUCAUCAGCAAGCUCUCGCCGUACCCUGCAUCUCCUCUUCGGCGUCCACAGUCUGCGGACACCUACAUGACACGCUCUCUGAACCCAGCGCUGGACGGCCUGUCCUAUGGACUCUCUGGCCAAGAUAAGAGAGCAGCUGGUACGGACGGAGGUAAAACUUCACCCAUGUCACACUCAUUCGCUAAUUUCCAACACCUGAACCGCAGUGUGAUGAUGGAGAAUUCAGGAUGUCACAGCAUCUUUGAGGAGUCACCAGAAAGCUCCAGAACUGAAACUCCAUCUGAUAAAAUGAUGAGCUCACCCGGACCUCAAAACUCUCGCCCGGUCUCUGCCCCGGGUCAGGAUGCCCCAGCCCCUGGGUCUGAGGAGAAGAAUGAGUUGCGGGACUCCACAGAACAGUUUCAGGAAUAUUACAGGCAGCGUUUGCGUGUGCAGCAACAUCUGGAACAGAAGCAGCAGCAGAGGGAACUUUACCAGCAGAUGCUGCAAGAGGGCGGAGUCCAGCAGCACGAGGCCCCGCCCACCGCCAAGCACAACCUCACAGAAACCUUCCUUACCAGGUCUAUUCAGAGACUGGAGGAACUAAAUGUGGGAAUGGAUGAUUUGGGAGAAGAGGUGCAGGCUCUCUCUCAGCAGUGUAAUGGAGGCAGUAAUAACAAAAGUGUAGUGAGAGACACUUCAGCCACACCACAGACACAGGAAGGGUGUGGAGGAACCAGCGAUGUGGUCACCAGCACUCCUCAGAGGUCAGUAGGUCAAGCAGCCUGCCCUCCGCCCAGCCAGUCUCCUGUACUGUCCCAGAGUUCCCAGAGAGACAAAACUGGACACGAUGACAGUAGUUUGACCUGCUCUAAAGGCCCAGAGAAAGAUAAGUCAAAAGCCAGGUUUGUGAUGGUCAACACCCUGGAGGAUACGCAGGCGGUCCGGGCCGUGGCCUUCCACCCCACAGGGACAAUGUACGCUGUCGGCUCCAACUCUAAGAUGCUGCGUGUGUGUGCCUAUCCUGACACACUGGACACCAGUGGUUCGGGCACAAGUAAACCUCCUGUGAUCUGCUUCAAGAGGAACAAGCAUCACAAAGGCUCUAUAUAUUGUGUAGCCUGGAGCCCAUGUGGACAGCUACUGGCCACCGGCUCCAAUGAUAAAUACGUCAAAGUGCUGCCCUUCAACCCUGAUACCUGCAAUGCUACAGGACCUGAUCUGGAGUUCAGUAUGCAUGAUGGGACUAUCAGAGAUCUGGCGUUUAUGGAGGGUCCUGAGAGCGGAGGGGCGAUUUUAAUCAGUGCAGGAGCCGGAGACUGUAACAUCUAUACAACUGACUGCCAGAGAGGACAGGGCCUGCACGCGCUGAGCGGACACACAGGUCAUAUCCUGUCUCUGUACACGUGGGGGGGCUGGAUGAUAGCGUCCGGCUCUCAGGAUAAGACGGUGCGCUUCUGGGACCUGCGAGUGCCCAGCUGUGUGAGAGUGGUGGGGACAGCCUUUCAAGGAGCAGGCAGUCCUGUGGCGUCGGUGGCAGUGGACCCGAGCGGGCGUCUGUUGGCAUCAGGGCAGGAGGACAGCUCCUGUAUGCUGUAUGACAUCAGAGGCGGGCGCACGGUUCAGACGUACCGGCCUCACUCCAGCGAUGUCCGAUCGGUGCGUUUCUCCCCCGGCGCUCAUUACCUGCUCACAGGAUCCUACGACAACAAGGUCAUCAUCACCGACCUGCAAGGUGACCUGACGAAGCCGCUGCCGUUGACCGUUGUGGGAGAGCAUGCUGAUAAAGUGAUUCAGUGCAGGUGGCACACACAUCACCUCUCUUUCCUGUCCUCCUCUGCUGACCGCACGGUCACACUCUGGACACAGGCCACGUAGAGCCAGCUCUGGCCACUAGAGGCAAACAGCACAUGCAUAUACAGUAUGUGUGUGCGCUGUGCUUCUGUUUUGACUCUGUUUGUUAUAAGUGUGUAUUUAUUUUGUGUUCCUGGAAGUUGAGUUCUUUAUCAGUGAAUGGCUGAGAUAAGUGCAAACCUUUUUUAUGUACAUAUUAUCUGAUUGACUGCCAGUGUGUCUAAUGGCCCUGUGCCAUAUUGGGAUGCGAUGCUUUGUUGUAGUGUGCUAGCUUAUGUAUGUGCUUCCCAUUCACACAGACUCAGUGGUGUCAUCUGAUCUAUACUGUGGCCUUCCUCUCUGUGUGUCUAAUCUCCAUACAUCUGUACUUGCCUGUUUGAAUCUAGCCUCUUGAAAUAGAUGCAGUAUUCAUUAUCUGUGUAAUUUUUGAUGUAUCACUGCAAACUGUAUGAAUGCAACCUGACUGAGUGAAAGAUGUACAUGCAGUACAAUGCUUGCAGUCUAAAAACGUGAACAUUAUUAUGACCCGCUGCAAAUACUGUUUCAAAAUUCAGCUGCUCGUGUAAAUAUCAAAAGCAACCUUUAUGUAAACUGCCUUUAAAAAUGCUGUCAAGUCAGUCUCAUUUAUAGUGGUUAAUGUUUGAAUUGUACUCUUUCUGCUUGAAACAGUCUGCAGCCCCUGUGAGUGCCUCUGAAUUGAUGGCAUGGUUAAAGUAUUGAUUUUUUUUAAUGUAGAUGAAGGGAAUCUGUGUCCUGUAAAUGUCAGUAUAUAGCUCUAAAAACUUCAAAUGAAAUGUUUUGGAUGUUGGCACACAGGUUUGUUAAACGGGUGAAAUAGUUUGACACUAUGAUCUUGCACUUUUUGUGUUUUUUAACAUCCACUUCCUGUUUAGUUUCAAGCACUUUUGUUUUUUGGAUAGUUUAUGUUGUAUAUUUUCCAGUGAUGUAGAUUUUAUUAUUUAAUCUUAAGUUUUUACAAUUAAUUUUAAAGCAAAGCCAAACUAACAUGUUGACAUAUUUUUAUAUGCUGGAGCAGCUCUCAUUUGAACUCAUGUAGUGAAAUAUUGUGUCAUUCCUGUAAUCUUUUCUUAAUCAUAUUUGGACAUAAAUGACUACAGUAAAGGCUCAUGGGACAAGUCUGCUGCUGUUAUGUCUGAAUAAAUAACCCUAUUCUCUG